AUGGAUCCCAUGUCGGCUCUGGGUCUCGCGGCCAACAUUUUUCAAUUCAUCGACUUCGGCACUCGACUCUUAUCCGGAACUCUAGAAGUUUAUCACUCCACGACAGGCGCAUCUUCAGAAAACAUCGAGAUUGAAGAGAUCUCCGAGCGCCUGAGCAUUUUCAGCGAUGAGUUGAGCACCAACCCAGCGUCUCGUUCCUCGCGGGACUUGGCUGUCGCGAAAUUUGCGGGCAGAUGCAAAGUCGUCUCAGACGAGCUUCUAGAGGUUGUUACAGAGCUGAAAGUUGUGGAUGGGCCGAAUCGUAAAUGGAGAAGCUUUCGAAAGGCAUUGAAGACACUAUGGAAUAAGGAGAAAAUACAAUCGUUGCAAAACAGAUUGGAGACCGUGAGACAGCAGCUCACCCUCGAGCUGUCGGCAUCCGCCAGAGCACAACAAGAAAGUUUAAUCACCGAGAUCAGAAAUCUUGGUCAUGACUGUAGAAAAAUGGAAACAGAACGCAAGGAUCAGAUCACGCAGCUUUCCAAUGAUUUAGCGGAGACACAGAGCAUGGUGUCACUUGCUCCCACUGUGAAAACCCUGGAAGAUCUUUUUUUCAGACUUUCGAAGCUCGCCGACGAGACCUCGAUGAUAUCAAUGGAGAACGCAAUCCUAAAAAGCCUCCAUUUUCAAUCGCUGAGGGUACGCCAUGACCGAAUUCCUCCUGCCUACGCGAAGACAUUUGACUGGAUUUUUGAAGACCGAAUGCAAAGGGCUGAUGGAACUGCCAUCGCCAUCAGUUUCAAAAAGUGGCUGACAUCUCAGAAUGGCGUUUACUGGAUCAGUGGCAAGCCAGGAUCGGGUAAAUCGACUUUAAUGAAGUACAUCAGCCAUCACAAACUGACCGAGGCUGCGCUCGAGCAAUGGGCUGAAGGUCAUCGGUUGACGAUUGGCAGUUACUAUUGUUGGAGCGCCGGUAGUGAGCUUCAAAAAUCGCAAGAAGGCCUGCUUCGCUCAUUGUUGCACGACGUGCUACGCAAAUGCCCGGAUAUGAUUCCCCUUGUGUGUCCCAAUCGAUGGCAAGCCAUGAAGCAAAACCGACCAGAUGAAUCGCAAUGGUCCAUCGAAGAGUUGUCCGAAGCUAUGCUGUGCUUGUCAACUCAAAACAACAUCAGUACUAAGUUCUGUUUCUUUGUGGACGGCCUUGACGAGUACGGAGGCGAGCAUCGGGAUAUUAUCCAAACCAUGGAUGCCUUGUCGGCCUCACCGACCAUGAAGAUUUGUGUGUCCAGCAGGCCAUGGAGCAUCUUUUUAGAUGCAUAUGGCUUCGGGUGUCCCACACUGACCUUGCAAGAUCUAACUCGAGGUGAUGUGGAACAUUACGUCCGCAGCGAGUUAAACUCGCACUCAGCACUAGAUUCCCUAGGUCGGAAGGACAAACGAUACCAACUCUUGAUUAAUGAGAUUAGCGAACGUGCUCAAGGAGUCUUCCUCUGGGUGUUUCUGGUUGUUCGCUCACUUCGUGAAGGAUUGACCCACGGCGACUCGAUUCGGACGAUGGAGGCACGCCUACGAAGACUUCCCGAUCAGCUAGAACAGUUUUUCAAGCACAUGCUAGACCAAGUUGACGUAGUCUAUAGAGAAGACAUGGCGAUGACAUUCCGGUAUGCUUUGAAGGCCAAUGAGCCACUCACCUUGAUGACAUAUGCCUUCCUGGAUCAACCUGACCCGGAAUUCGUCUUCAAUCUUGAACUUGAAGCUUUCGACAACCAUGAUAUCUUUAACACUCAUAGCAGAAUGCGUCGACGUCUACAAGCUCGAUGCAGGGGCCUUCUCGAAGAUUGCAUUGUUCCUUCAGCCACUGCCUUCUGGGGCCAUCGAGUUGAAUUCCUGCACCGGACUGUACGAGACUUUCUGCAGACGGCUGAGAUGCAAACUAUCUUUGCAAGUUACACCAAAAAUUCCUUGAACGCUAAUGUCGCAAUAUCCAGAGUAUUUCUUGGCCUUGUCAAAGUGAGGCCAGAGUGUGAUGAGGAUUUGCCAAAUGCCCUUGAUGAACUUAUGUUUCAUGCUCGACAAGCAGAAAUCGAAACAGGAUCACCCGACUAUAAGCUCUGGCUAAAUUUGGACUUGAUCUUUGAAGCUCUCGCUAAAAAGUACAAGAAUUCAAUGUUCCAAUAUAGCCGUGGAAAGCUUUUGAAUGAGCAACGAGAGGAGGUUGGCGAAUGUCGAUCAAUGCUGGAGCUCACGAUCACAACUGGAGUGGAGCUCUUUGCUGCUGCCUGGAUCCGAAAGAAGAACCUCAAAAAGCCAGAUCUUAGUCGAUGUUUACGACUAUCACUACAACCUUGUGCAUGUGUCAGGCAUAGAGACAUGGACUUUUCCAAUAUUGUCAGAGUAGUCCUCGAGGAAGGUGCGGACCCGAACAGACGCGAAAUACAACGAAAGACACAGAAAAUGGAUCACCUCUUAGCGAAAACCUUCAUAAACCAGGACAGGCAAAUAGUGAGAUCAUCGGUGUGGGGUAUUUGGUUCAUAGAACAGGGAAGUGUUUUCUCAGUGGACAAUCCUAUCCGAAAUCGGAAUCAUCUUUCAACCUUGGAAACACUAUUCCACUAUGGCGCCAACCCCAACGAUGGAUACGAGGGUACGACAAUCUGGAUCACGUUUCUAAGGUCCCUGAUAGAGACCAAACUUGUGGAACAGGACCAACCACGAUCCAAAGCCGAAUGGAACUUCUAUUUUGAGAUCGUUUACAAAUUUCUCUGCUAUAAAGCAGAUCUGAGUCUGACAUUCGAACCCCCACGAUCAGAGCCUUUAUAUCCCCUACCAUUAUCAGAUCUCUCUCAAGAGAUGAGAACGAGAAUGAGAAUCAAUCAAACAAUUCUACAAUUAAGACGGCCAGACCUAGGAGGGCCAGACCUAGCAGUGCCGCUCCCGACAAUAUUCGGUUACUUUGCACCCCACCAGUCGGCGCCACUGAUGCAGGCCUUGAAUGCCCACAGGAUAGGGGAGCACACACAAAGCCAAGCCACUAUCACACUGCAAAAUCAAAAGUUGACCCUAGCUCAAUGGGCUUCUAAAUCUACAUGGAUUGCAGUUGGAAAUAUCCUCUUUCGAUCGCCCAAACGACUUUGGAUCAAGAAAAGCAAGAAACCCACCCUUAUUUCACGAAGAGAUGAAGAGGCACUUGAAUCACUCCUGAACGAGAACAAUCAAUGCGCUGAAAUUCGACCUGUUUUAUCUUCGUGGCUGUCUCCAUUCCACAGCGGGCCACUCUUUUCUCCUCCAACAUUCAGAGCAUCCCCACCAAUCGACGAUAACGGGCUCGAUUCCAUACUUAGACCUAGGAGACGUCCCAUGUUAUCGAGGGUCAUUUCGUGGGUUAUUAACCAAUUCAGACGGUUCUCGCCUUGGAAUUCUGGAGAAGAUACGCUUCCUGUGGUUUCUUCCGCACCAAUACCUUCUUAUUGGGACGUGAACGCGAAUGAGUCCGAUCCGCUGCUUGGCGGAAAUAGUCGAGGACAGGGGCAAUGGGCUGUAAUAGAAUGA